UUAUGAGAUAGAUAAGCGAAUAUAAACCUAUUACUAAGAGAUUUAAUAUCACAUCAGUUGAAGACACGGUGCAGAAUGGCGUUCUUAGGAAAAGAAUACAAGUUAGUCAAACACGAGAACUACGACGGGUUCCUGAAAUCUUUGGGUCUUCCCAACGAGAGGGUCCAAGAGAUGUUGAAAAACGAUGAGACAGAGAAACUCGUGAAGAACGGCGACACUUACACAUUUUAUUAUAACUCGCCUUCAGACAAAAGGGAGGUUACUUUCACACCUGGCUUGGAAUUCGUCGAGCUUGUCGAAGAAGGGGAACCUAUCAAAUCCACGUACACCAUCGACGGAAACACGGUCCACCAGGUGUCUUCAGGCAGCGACAGGGUCGCCAACUUCAAGAGGGAAUACGAAGGGGACAACCUUGUCGUGACGAUGACUUGCGACAAAUGGGACGGAGUCGCGCGCGCCUACUACAAAGCUUAGACUGAAACAAUUCGCAAGAUCUUUCAAGAAGUAUUAAUAAAGAUUUUUUAGUGCUAUA